AUUGUCCACCCAUGCCCCGCCCUCAUGGAGUCUUGUGUCCAGGAAUACUUUCAGCAACGAGUUCAAUGCACUCCAGCCUUUCUGGAGUCUGGAGCUGUCAAAUUUGAUACCAUAACCAUGAAAAUACCUUCAACUAAAAUGAUCAUCGAUCAACUGAAUACUACCAUUGAUGAAGUGGAUGGCAAAAUUGUUGCUUUUACUGUAAAUGAAGAGAAGAAGCUGGCUGUUUUGGCGGUUGAGUUCACAAAUCUGACGAUGAAUUCUAACCUGCUCUUCAAUUUCUAUGGAACUGGCAAAGAACCGAUCACAUUCACCGGAGCAUUGGAUGAGUUCUUUCCCUCCAUUGUGAUGACAUCGUUCUUCUCGACUGAAACAUACGACCUACACACAGCCAGGCACUUCGCCUACCUUCCCGCUGUGCCUACCGUCGCACUCACAGGAGGUUGCUUGGAUACUGAUGAUGAGGUUCUCUCGGAGGCUCUGGCGGACUUCAAUGAGAACUUCAACACGGUGCUGCUGGAGGGCUGGCGGUCCGUGGGGGUGCCCCUAGCCAACUACUACAUUCAGAAUCACAUAUGUGAUUAUGGAAUUAAAUACUAAGUGGGGUUGUUUUGCUGUAAAAUAAACAGCAUUGUGGAAAAA